CUGCGAGCCAAGUUUGGGCGGGAGGCAGUGAUGGUUCUGGGCGGCACCGAGGCGGACUUGGCCGCCCACCGCGUCCCAGUCAUCCCCUCAGGCUCCAUCGCCCUAGAUUCCGCCCUCGGGAUUGGGGGCUUCCCUCGGGUGGCAGCGCUGGUACCCCAGGCAGAGCUAGAGGGCGAGAUGGGAGACUCAUUUAUAGCCCUGCAGGCGCGCAUGAUGUCUCAGGCGCUGAGGAAGCUGUCAGGGGCGCUCAACCGCUCCCAGGCUGUGCUGAUAUUCGUCAACCAGGUGCGUUUGAAGCUCAUGAUGGGAGGGCCGGGCAUGGGCAUGCCCGUGGAGGUGACGUCUGGAGGCAAGUGGGAGAGAUGUAUUGGACAGUCCUUCGCACACUCAUCAUGCACUCUACUUCUUCCCCCCACCUUCCUUCCUUCCCUGACCAUAAACAGGUGCGGUCGAAGCUAAUGAUGGGAGGGCCGGGCAUGGGCAUGCCCGUGGAGGUGACUUCUGGCGGGAAUGCUCUUAAGUUCUACGCCUCGCUGCGGCUGCACAUCAAGAGAGUGGCACAGCUGAAGCAGGGAGAGAAGGUAUCCAACAGUACGUCUGGGGGCAUUGCUCUCAAGUUCUAUGCAUCGCUGCGGCUGCAGAUUAAGAGAGUGGCGCAGCUGAAGCAGGUAGAAAAGAUUGUUGGUAACCGCGUGCGUGUAACGGUGAACAAGAACAAGCUUGCCCCGCCCUUUCGCACGGCAGAAUUCGACAUUGAGUUCAACCACGGGAUAUCCCGGGAGGGGGAAUUGCUGGACUUGGAGAUGAGUGAGGGCCUGCUCACACUUACUUCUCCUCCCUCCCUUCUCCCAUGCUCUUUCUACCUCUGUCCCCCCCCAUUCUCUCCUCCCUUCCCGCUCCCCCCACUUCUCCCCUGCUACCCCAUCAUCCCGUUCUCUGCCUCAGAUUGUUGGGCCUGCUCACACUUACUUCUCCUCCCUCCCUUCUCCCAUGCUCUUUCUACCUCUGUCCCCCCCCAUUCUCUCCUCCCUUCCCGCUCCCCCCGCUUCUCCCCUGCUACCCCAUCAUCCCGUUCUCUGCCUCAGAUUGUUGGUAACCGCGUGCGCGUAACGGUGAACAAGAACAAGCUUGCUCCGCCCUUCCGCACGGCAGAAUUCGACAUUGAGUUUGGCCACGGGAUAUCCCGGGAGGGGGAACUUCUGGACUUGGGUGUAAAGGAGGGGUUGCUUACGCUCUCUGGUGCGUGGUACAAAAAGGGCGGCGAAGUGAUCGGGCAGGGAAAGGAAGGCGCGAGAAACUUUCUGAAGGAGAAUGUGGAGGUUGCAAGGGAGCUUGAGGAAGGGAUUAGGGAGAGGCUGGGUGGACGGAAGAGAGAGGGGGAUGGGGAGGGUAAGAAGGGGGGAGUGGAGGGAGGGAAAGGUGUGGAAAGUGGAGAGGGAGGGGGAGAGGAGGGAAGUGGGGAGGAGACUGAGGGAGAAGAGAUUGGUUUGGAAGUUGAUGACAGCACUGUUGUCACUGGAGUGUCCGGUUAA